CAAUACGAGAGUCUGUCGUCCUCAGCACCCACUCCAUUGAACAUAACAUUCGAUAUCGAGAAACCUUGCAGCUGACAUACGGUGUCACAUGUAUCAACUAGACAAUGCGCAUUCCAGCAACCAUUUUUCCUGGCUCAAUAUCUCAGAACUGGAAACAGUGGAUCAAAGAAUCAACAUUACAAGGACAAUGGCAAGAAGUACUUUCUCUCUACUAUGAAAUCAGAAGGAUUGGAAUUCCAAUUCUGGACCCAAGCUUGUUUCCUUCCGUUCUCAAAUGUUGCACAAAUCUCAACAAUUUCAAGUAUGGUACUUCAGUUCAUUCAUGUAUAAUCAAACAUGGGUUUGAAUCAUUUAGCUCUGUUGGUAACUCUACCAUGGAUUUUUACAUUAAAUCCGGGUUCAUGAAUUAUGGACUGACUGUUUUUAAUCUCAUGGAAAACAAGGAUUCUGUUACAUGGAAUGUAGUGAUUCAUGGGUGUUUUGAUAAAAAAUCUUCUUCCAAGUAUGAAGGACUUAAGUUUUUUAAGCAAGCGAAAGCCGAAGGAUUUAAACCCAAUAUCUCUACUUUAGUUCUUAUUCUUCAAGCUUUAAGGGAUUUCAGUGACACCAAUUUAGGUUUUUGCUUUCAUGGCUUCCUUAUUCGGAGCGGGUUUUUAGACGUUGUUUCAGUUCAGAACUCGCUAAUGUCUCUGUAUGUAGAGUAUGGCGAAAUGGUGUGCGCAAAAAUGUUGUUUGAUGAAAUGUCUGACAGAGAUUGCAUUACAUGGAGUGCGAUGAUUGGUGGUUUUGUUAAAGCUGGAGAUGGGUAUUUUUCGUUGCAAUUGUUUAGAGAGAUGUUUGGAGUGGAAGAGGUAGAGCCUGAUGAACUUACAGUGGUUAGCAUUUUUAAAGCUUGCUCCCAGGAGAAGGAUAUCGAUAUUGGAAAAUUAGUUCAUUGCUAUGCGGUCAAAAGAGGUUUCAACGUUGAUGUGUACGUGGGCAAUUCAUUAGUUGAUAUGUAUUCUAAAUGCUCACAUGCGAACUUGGCGUUUGAAGUCUUCAAAGAGAUGCCUGAGAGAAACAUCGUUUCCUGGAAUUCGAUACUAUCAGGACUUGUUCAUAAUGAAUUGUAUGCAAAAGCUCUCACGUUGUUUGGCUCAAUGCAGAAAGAGGGAGUCGAAGCUGAUGAGGUGACUCUAGUCAAUCUUCUUCAAUCAUGUAAGCAUCUUGUGGACAUUGGUAAAUGCAAGUCCAUUCAUUCCAGGGUAAUCAGGAUGGGAUUCGAAUUUAACGAAUUGGUGGUGAAUUCUCUAAUCGAUGCUUAUGCAAAAUGUGAUCUUGUUGAACUUGGUCAGAAACUGUUCAAUGGAAUGGAGAGAAGAGAUAUGGUUUCAUGGAGCACAAUGAUUACAGCCUUCUCAAAUGCAGGUAAAACAGAUGAAGCUUUAAACCUCUUCAGAGAGAUGGUUUUGGUGAAAGAGAAGUUCAAUUCUGUAACUAUAUUGAGUCUUCUUGAAGUUUGUGCUGUUUCAGCAGAACUAAAAAGAUGUAAAUGGGCUCACGGUUUAGCAAUUAGAAGUGGGUUUGCAUCAGAAGUGGCAGUUGCAACUGCAUUACUUGAUAUGUACUCAAAAUGUGGAGAAAUUGAUCUCUCUAGAAGAGUAUUCGAUAAAACACCGAACAGAAACGUAGUUUCAUGGAGUGCUAUGAUAGGAGCUUAUGGUAUGAAUGGGCGGGCGAGAGAUGCGCUAGACUUGUUCUCUGAAAUGGAAAUUUACGGUUUAAAGCCAAAUGCCGUUACCAUACUUUGUCUAUUGUCAGCUUGUAGCCAUGGUGGGUUGGUGGAAGAAGGGAAAUCUUUGUUCAACAGGUUGAUCAGUAGUGAUCACGGGUUCGAACCCAACUCAGCACAUUAUUCAUGCAUGGUAGACAUGUUAGGAAGGGCAGGAAUUAUAGAGAGUGCAAUGGACACGAUAAAGAAAAUGCCCCAAAGAUUCAAAGAUGGAGCGAGUAUUUGGGGUGCAUUAUUGAGUGCUUGCAGGAAUUCCAGUAACAGCAAGGUUGCUGAAGGUGCUAUCUCAAAAGUUCUUGAGUUAGAACCGAUGGGUUCAGCAGGUUAUUUGCUAGGCUCAAGUAUGUACGCCGCAAAUGGGUUGUGGAAAGAAGCGGCCAAUAUGAGAAGAUUGGUGAAAGAGAAGGGUGUGAAAGUGGUGUCAGGUUACAGUUUAAUUCAUGUAGAUAGUAAAGCUUGUAGAUUUGUUGCUAGAGAUGGUUACCAUGAGAAAGCUCAACAGAUAUAUUCAAUGGUCGAAGAAUUGCAUGGUUGUAUGAGGAUGAAAGAAGGAAGAAAUGACCUUUUUAAUUGAUCACUGCCUUGUGUCUGAGAUAGUGAGAUAUCCGUGCGCAUAGUUUUGGGCCACCUUUAAGGCCCAUCAGUUCUCGUGGCACUGUCAAUGUCCAGCAGUUUCUGAUAGUAGCAUGUAUCAAACCAGUUUGGCAGUAGCAUGCAUCAGACUAUCAGUACUGGUAAGAUCGUACAUACGCAUCCGUAAAUGUUUGGAAGGGUUCCAUUCUCAGAUGAGCCAGCUAAAAUACUAUAAUGCGUGUACAAUUUGAUUUUCUAUUCGCUUACUCGGUUGAAUUUGAAGACUCAAAUUCUGUGAACUGUGAGCAUCAAAAUGAGAAUAGAAGAACAAUAAUUGGAUGUUGAGCAUACGAGAAUGCUC